AUGGGCAGUAAAAGACGUAGCUCUCAACAGAGGAAAUAUCCUGUAUUACUGGUAUUAAUAGCUCCCAUGAGGGUUUGUGGGUUCCGAGAUGUGGUGUUUUCAUACAACAGCAUAUUUUUUAGCUUUAUUUUCCAUUCGUAUGUUGACAAAAUUUUGUCAAGGCUUUCACUUAACGUGCGGCGUAUCUCUUUAAAUCCGACUCGGUCUAUGAUCCAUUUUACGAACAAGAAGAAAAAUAGCUGUCUUUGCAAACACUUGAAUAAAUUUGCAGCCAGAUCGCUUCAAUGCAUCCGUAUGUGCUCACUGUAUAAAUUGUCUUGCCAUUGUGGUCUGAAUUCUUUGUUACCUUCCUAUGAAAAUUACUUUCACGUCAAAAAGAUUUUACGUUGA